UCCCUCUCCACUGCACUGCUCCUUGCGGGCGCUCUUCCUGGAGUUCUCGGCCAUACGUGGAUCGAACAGCUGCGCAACAUCGACGCGCAGGGCAACUACGUCGGCGAGUUCGGCUACCCGCGUGGCAUGUACUCCAAGACCGAUCCCGGAUACGAUGGCGACAAGAUGAACCAUCAGGUGCCCUCGGUCAAGGAGAAGUCUUUCCCUUUCAUCAGCGCAGACUCGCCCCUCUGCCACCCUGCUCAGCGCAAGCCCGAGCAGUCGUCGGACAAGUACCCCCGGCUCAAGACGGCUCCCGGCCAGUUCAUCGCCAUGCGCUACAUGGAGAACGGCCAUAUCACCAAGCCCGAGACGCGCCUUGGCAAGCCUGACCAGUCUGGUCCCGUCUACAUCUACGGCACCACGCAGCCCAAGGAAGACGAAAAGCUCGCGAACGUUCUUCAAUGGACUGCUGAUGGCCAGGGCGGUGACAAGCGCGGUGUUCUCCUUACGGUGAACAACUACGACGACGGACGCUGCUACGAGAUCAACGAUAAGCCCAUCUCCAAAGAGCGCCAGGCCAAGUUUCCCAACUACGCUGCGGGUCAGGUCUCCGAUGGUCCGGGUAACUACCCCCUCUUCUGCGAGAGCAACGUCGCUAUCCCGAAGGAUGCCGCUGUCGGCAAGCCCUACACCCUUUACUGGGUCUGGCAGUGGAACACGGUCCCUGGUGUCGAUCCCGGUCUACCCAAAGGCCAGGAUGAGUACUACACCACCUGCAUGGACGUCGAUGUCGUCGACGUGAUCCAGCAGGGCGCCAAGGCUCAACUCGGUCUUGUUCAACAAGAUGCCAUGUCAGUUGCUCCGGACGGCUUCCGUUCUCGCACCGCCGUCAUCACGGACGCCAUGUCCUUCGAGAUGGGGCCCGUCUUCAACACCACUCGCACCGCCACUGGCUCGGUGCCUUCGGUUACAAUGACCCAGACCACGCUGGUUACGAGCAGCGGUGCUCCCUUCCAGAACUCCACCGCCUCGCUUCAGAUUCCCACACUGACGAAGCGUCCCGGUGACGUUCCCACGGCUACCCCGACUGACGGCGAUGACGUUGUGCGCAUCACGGUUACCCAGCGCGUCACGGUCACCGCACCCGCCGUCACGGCCACC